AUGAGCGACCCCAAUACAAAACAGCCGAUAAAGAAAAGGUCGCUGAGCAGCUACCUUUCAAACGUCAGCACGAGGCGGGAGGAGCUGGAAAAGAUAUCCAAACAUGAAGUCCCGGAAGAUGAAGAACCCGCUAGCAACCAGAAAUCAGAAGAGCCGGUGCCAGAAGAAUCAGUUUCGGGGGCUCAAGAUACCAACAGGCCGCUCGACACAGAGGCUGUAUCCGUUAGUGGCUCCACUGAAGAUGACUCAAAAGAAAGUACAGCUCUGACCCAACAGGAUAAUGAAGGGGAUGGAAAGGCAAACCCAUAUGAUCAAGAAGAUAGUCUUUUGGAGACGGAAGGAGAAACCAGUCACUCAACGCGAACGGCCGCCAUAUUGCCGUCCAAUGCAGGAAAUCUGGAUAUUCAAAACCACCAACCUUUUUCAAGAGAUCAACUGCGAGCGAUGUUGAAAGAACCGAAGAGGAAAACCGUUGACGAUUUCAUACAGGAAGAGGGCUUGGGCGCCAUUGAAGAAGACGAUAUAAGCGACGAAGUGCUAGAAAAUAAUGUAAUGGCCCCAAGCGAAGGGGAAAUGGAUAUAGAGUAUAGUGGAUCGGAUAGAGAUACGGAUGAUGUGGAAAGUGAUGACCCCACAGCACCCAACUCUCCAAUCAAAUUAAGUCGCCGCAAAUUAGUAAGGGCCGACCAAUAUGAUACUACCACAGGCUCCAUGUUCAAUAACGAAUCUGACUCUGAACUAUCAGAUAUUGAUGAUACCAAAAAUAUUGCUUUGUCGAGUAGUUUGUUCAGAGGUGCUUCGUCUCCCAUUAAAGAAGCAAAUAAUAACCUUCAUAGUAUGAAUUCCUCACCUGCGCAGAUUGUAAAGAGAAACUCUAUUUCCAAGACUAAUACUAAUAAGAAUCCUCAUAUAGCCGUUUCUAAACGUCCUAAACAGAAAAAGGGUAUUUAUAGAGAUUCUGGUGGUAGAACGAGAUUGCAGAUUGCUUGUGAUAAGGGGAAGUUCGAUGUAGUCCAGAAAAUGAUUGAAGAUGGAGGCUAUGAUAUUAACGACCAGGAUAACGCUGGUAAUACAGCUUUGCAUGAAGCAGCUUUGCAAGGCCAUAUUGAAAUCGUGGAACUGCUGAUAGAAAAUGGUGCAGAUGUAAACAUUAAGUCUAUCGAGAUGUUUGGUGAUACCCCCUUGAUCGAUGCCUCCGCUAACGGUCAUUUGGACGUUGUCAAGUACCUUCUUAAAAAAGGUGCCGAUCCAACUAUACGUAACUCCAAGGGCUUAACCGCCUUCGAGUCGGUCGAUGAUGAAUCUGAAUUUGAUGACGAGGAAGACCAAAACAUUUUGCGUGAAAUAAAGAAAAGGCUGAGUGUUGCCACCAAAAGAUGGACUCACGGUACAGGAUAUCAUAACGACAAACCCAAAAAUGUCACUAGUACUCACACAACGGACCGACCACAUUUGGAUAUUACUAAUCUUUCUGAAGACAGAAAUGCCCAUGAGUCCUCUCCUAUGCUCUCUAAUGUUGACGAUAAGCCUCCAGAAGAAGAGUUUUAUUGGACUGAUGUCACUUCUAGGGCAGGUAAGGAAAAAUUGUUCAAAGCUUCAAAGGAAGGGCACUUGCCAUACGUUGGUACAUAUGUCGAAAAUGGUGGUAAGAUAGAUUUAAAAUCGUUUUUUGAAAGUGUCAAAUGUGGGCAUGAGGAUAUUACAAGUAUUUUUUUGGCAUUUGGGUUUCCAGUCAACCAAACGUCAAGAGAUAACAAAACGUCUGCCCUAAUGGUGGCUGUUGGACGUGGUCAUAUCGGCACAGUUAAAUUGCUAUUAGAAGCAGGAGCAGACCCAACUAAGAAGGACAAAAAGGGACACACUGCUUUGUAUUAUGCUAAAAAUAGCGUAAUGGGGAUAACAAAUAACGAAGAAAUUCAGUUGAUUGAAAAAUCCUUGAAUGAACACCUAAGAAAACGUUCGAACGAUGACGAUGAUGAUGAUGACGAAGAUGAUGGUGACAAUGAAAAAGAUACCCGUGAACUACACGAAACCAGGAGAGAGAAAACACAAUCACCUGUACUAACAAGUCGAAAAAGUACAAUCUCCAAAACAGAAGAUGAAGAGGACGAAGUAGUAAUACGUAAUUCUGCACACGAUGGCAUUAAUAACGACCACAACAUCAAGAAUAUCCCACCUUCUGAUUCUCGUAAAACGCAUGGACUUGAUGAAAGUGAUGGCAUUCAGUAUCCACUUGAUUGGAAGAAGCGUAAGACGAUUGUUUCUCAGGAUGAAGACAAGUUAAGAAGUGUUUCACCACUUUCUAUGGAAUCUCAUUCUCCUAAGAAAUUCAAAUCUACAGAAGUAAAUAAAAUUCACGAAGAAACUGCUGCCGAGAGAGAGGCUAGACUCAAAGAGGAAGAGGAGUACAGGAAGAAAAGAUUAGAGAAAAAGAGAAAGAAGGAACAGGAAUUGUUGCAAAAAUUAGCCGAUGAUGAGAAAAAAAGAAUCGAAGAACAAGAGAAGCUGAAAAUCCUAGAAAUAGAAAGAUUGAAGAAGGAAACGAUAGAAAAAGCCAAACAAAUGGAAAGAGAGAAAAAAUUGGAGGAACUUUCUUAUAGACGUGCUGUAAGGGACUUGUAUCCGUUAGGUUUGAAAAUCAUCAACUUCAAUGAUAAACAUGACUACAAAAGAUUCUUACCGCUGUACUAUUACGUGGAUGAAAAGAGCAAUAAAUUAGUGCUUGAUUUGCAAGUGGCAAUUUUGUUAAAGAAUAUGGAUUUGCUCUCAAAGGAUGGUCAUUCAAUAUCGGAGAAAUUUCCUGUUGAUCCAACCCACUUGGCCUCCCUUUGGAAUAUGUUGAAAUUCAUUUUCUUGUAUGGAGGUAGUUACGAUGAUGAUAAAAAUGACUUAAAGGACAAUAAAAGGUUCGUAGUAAAUUUCGACGGCGUUGAUUUGGAUACUAAGAUUGGAUACGAGCUUUUAGAAUACAGGAAAUUUAUUAAUUUGCCCAUGGCAUGGAUCAACUGGGAUGAAGUUGUAAUUGACGAUCCUGCGAAAAAAAAGGAAAUUGAACAAAGCAUGAUUCAAAUAUCAAUAAUCGAAGCCAGACAUUCCCAUAACAAUAUAAGCAAAGAUUUGCAAGUAUCCUCACGGAAAAGACGCUUCAUGAAAAUGCCCCCAGAAUUGCCAGUUAAAUUUCAACAUCGUAUGAGCAUAUCCACUAUUCUUCAACAAACCGCUAAAGAGCCGUUUUGGUAG